UUUUCGUCCGGCUAAAGAUGCAUUUAGUUGGCAAAUCUUAAACAAAAACAAACAUGUUUCGCCUUAUAGUAAUAUUACUGUUACUAUUUUGUCCAAUAAGUGGCGUAGGUGUUAAGGAAAUUGAUUGUGAAUCAAAAGAAACGUGUAGUGACUGUAUGCAAACCCUAGGCUGUCUGUGGUGCUCAAAACCUCAGCCAAUAAAUGGAAAUAGUUUAGUUUACUGCAUGAGCGACAAAAUUCUAUCAUCUAAUUAUACGUGGUGUUCAUCUAAAGAUCUUACAAAUCCUGAGAAGUCACUUAAGAUAGUUGAGGCUAAAUCAUUACAAUCCGAAGGAUAUGGUCAGGCGAUUCAAAUUAGUCCUCAGAAAGUAAAACUGUCUCUUCGAAAAGACGAGGAAUUUGAAUUGAAGUUUCAAUAUAGGCGAGCAAAAAAUUACCCCUUAGAUCUUUAUUAUCUUAUAGACAUAUCGGCAUCUAUGAAACCACAUAAAGACAAAUUGGCUUAUUUAGGGAGCACAUUGGUUGAAGUUAUGAAAAAUAUUACCAGCGAUUUUAGAUUAGGAUUUGGAUGUUUCAUAGAUAAGCCUGACUAUCCUUUCGUAAACGUUUUUCCAGAAACGUUCAAAUAUCCAUGCAGGGGUUUGGAAAGUUACGAUAAGUGUUCAUCUCCGUAUAGCUUUAAGAAUUACCUGUCGUUGACAGACAAUUUUACGGUCUUUUCGGAAAAAGUCAGAAACGCAAAGAUUUCAGCUAACAUUGACCCACCGGAAGGUGGUUUUGACGCAAUCAUGCAGGCGAUGGUUUGCGAGAAAGAAAUCGGUUGGAGAAAGAAAGCACGUCAUUUAUUGGUAAUGACCACGGAUGCUCCUUUUCAUAUAGCAGGAGACGGAAAACUUGCGGGAAUAUUUGAGCCGAACGACGCAACUUGUCAUAUGAAAAAUGGCGAAUAUACUCAUUCAAUCGCUUUGGAUUAUCCGUCAAUUUCGCAUAUAAAUUUCGUGGCGAAACGAAAUAAUAUCAACUUAAUUUUUGCUAUAGUUCCAGGAAAGGAAAACGUAAUUGAGACAUACAAAUUAUUACAGAAUCAAAUUGAAAAUUCAGCAACAGAGGCUUUAUCAAGUAGUUCAUCAAAUGUUGUCAACUUAAUUCUGGAUAAUUACAACAAAAUUGUGGGAUCAGUUACGAUGAUGGACGAUUCUGGAGAUGAUGUUAAAAUAAAGUACUCAUCUACUUGCUCAAAUCCGAAAGAAAAUGGCUGUAAGGAAGUUCCCCUUAAUGAACUAGUUGAUUUUACGGCUGUAAUUCGUCCAUUAGAAUGCCAUAAACAGCAGCAGAUUAUUAAAAUAAAACCUGAUGGAAUAGAUGAAUAUUUACUUGUCGAACUUGAAAUAAUAUGUGAAUGUGAUUGCGAGAAACCGAAUUAUACAGACUCUCAACUCGAAUCGAUAAAUUGCUCACAGAACGGAAAUUUGAAGUGCGGAAUUUGCAAAUGCAAUGAAGGAUAUUUUGGCAGAAGAUGCGAAUGCGAUGCUCGUACAUCGAAUUCUCUGGAUGAAUCUGCAUGUAGAAGAAGUCCAAGUGAAGAAAUCUGUUCUGGUUUGGGCAGUUGCGUUUGCGGUACAUGUCAGUGCGCCCAAAGACCUGGCACGCAAGUAAUUUAUGGAAAAUAUUGCGAGUGUGAUAAUUUCUCUUGUAAAAGGAACAACGGCCAGGUUUGCUCUGGUGAAAUGCAAGGUGUUUGCGAAUGCGGUCAAUGUAAAUGUUUACCAGGAUGGACCGGAGAUGCCUGCGAAUGUCCUGACAGUAACGCAACCUGUGUUACACCAAAUGCUCAGGACAGUGUAUGUUCAGCGCAUGGAAAUUGUAUUUGUGGCGAAUGCGUUUGCGAAAAGAUUGGAGGGCAUCAUUAUUAUGGGAAAUUUUGCGAAGAAUGUCCUUCAUGCCCAGGACAAAGGUGUAACGAAUUAAGGGAAUGUGUCGAAUGCCAUUUCAAUAAAACCCAAAAGUUUAGGCAACCUACAUGUGGUGGUAAAUGCUUGUUUGACAUCGAAACUGUAAAAAAAAUUGAAGAAGAUUCAAAUGAAGACGCAAAGAUAUGUAGAAUAUUGGAUUCUUCCGGGUGUGCCAUAAUUUACCAAUACUUAUACGAUGAAGAGAAGAAGUUACAAAUUAAAGUUCAGGAAACCAAACAUUGUUCAGAAAAAGGAAACCUUCUAGUUAUAGGAUUGAGUGUAGUUGGAAGCAUAGUCCUUGCUGGAGUAGUACUGCUAGUUGUAUGGAAGAUUUUCAUAAUAUUUCAUGAUUUAAAAGAAUAUCAAAAAUUCGAAAAUGAAAGAAAUCAAGCAAAAUGGAACAGAAAUGAUAAUCCCUUGUACAGAAGUGCUGUAUCGGUAUUUAAAAAUCCAUUGUACUCUCACUGAUGGUACUUAAUGAAUUAUAAUUAACAUUUAUUUAAAAACUGUGAAAUCAAUAAUUAUUUAUCUACAAUUGUUUAGUAUCGAUAUUUGUUUUCCAAAAAAAAAACGAGAAUUUUAAAUGUUUAAUGACCACUAAAAAAUUUUCCGAUAUUUUCAAUUUAGUUUGUUUUGAAUACAAUGUAGUAAGAUAAAAUGUGUAAUUUAUUUUAAUUGUAAGUUAAAUGCUUUAAUAAGAAAACCUUUAAAUCAAAAUGUAUGUUACACUGUAAAGUGUAUUCUUUGAUAUUGGAGUAACAUUUUUCCGAAUUUCAUGUAUAACGUGUUAUUAUUAAUAACAUAUAAUUAUUAAAGUUAUAUUUUUACAGAAUCAAUAUAUGUCACAGUCCUUUAAGUUUUUUACUUAUUGACAAUGAGAUAGAACAAUAUUUUAUUUAGUUUUCGGAAAUUGUUUAGUUUUACACAAUUUAAUAGAAACAAAUAACUGAACAUAAAAUUAUAUUUUGUUCACUAUUAACAACAAACGACAUUACGUCUAAAUUUACAAUGGUAUGACAUCAAGAAAUUUUUAAUUUUCAAAACACAAGAGGAAUUCUACGUACAUUUAUUGUACAUAAUAUAUAUUUUACUUUAAAAUAGUACAAUACUAGAUACGCAGCUCAGAGACGUAAUCAAGUUUGAAACAUACACUUAUAUAGGAAUAAUAUAGGGACGAAGCAUAAACUUUCGGGGUAAAGGCUGUCAAAGGGAACGCAAUGAAUGUGCCUGGAU